CAGUGACAUUUUCAGGAAAGAGAGAGUCAGGUUGGGAUUCAGUCCUGAGGUCUGGAUCUAUGAUGGUAGACACUCCUUGGACUGAACCACUAAUACUCAAUGUCACAAACUAUCAGGAAUCAGAUUUAAUUCAUGUCUCUGUAGAUUUAACAACAACUAUAGGUGGCUUAAAUUCUGUGAGAUCAGAAUUUGGGAUUUACUACACAAAGCCUGGAGAGACACUACUUCAGUUUAAUGCAACUCAUGAGCAACUUGUGAUAGGACUGGAACUAAACAACAAGCAUAGUGGUAAAGGAUACACACAGCAAUUAAAAGGAACUGUGAAUGAUAUAGAAAUCACUUAUGCUCUAGAGACAGAGUGGGAUCACAGCCUUAUACCUGAGACGGCAGAUGGGCAGAUUGCUAUUAGCAACUUGCUUGAUCACAACCUGAAUCUGACAGUCUCACACAACAGAAACUCCAGCACAUUUUCAACGAAGAUAUCUGGAUCCUGGGGAGACCAAUUACUUAUAGCAAGUCAUAUAUUAGAAUUUCAAAACCGAUUAGACUGGUCCAGUUUAUUAAACGUUGUCCUUCCCAGCAAAGAAGAAAUUAAAUCUGAGUUGUCUCUAUCUGCAGCUGACCUGUCUUCAUUCCAGUCAAAUCUUAACUUCACCUCACCAUGGACAGAUGAUAUAGUGACUGUGGUUACAGCAGUGCCCAGUGAUUCUUCUAUUACCUAUGAACUUAUCAGCAUUCACAGAGAUUCUGUUAUUUCAAGGGCAUCUCUGAGAAGCAGUAGAGUAUUUGGUUGGGAUCACUCUGAUUUUAUGCUAGAAGUGUCGUCAUCUUACCUUGAGAACUGUUCCAUUGCUUGGGAACAUGGAAUGCAUUAUGGCAGUUUAGUAUCUAUGGAAGUGACUUAUGGAUCUGACUUUUUGAUUCAAGCAACGAGCAACCUCACAUUCAAUCAAGGGUGGUUUAGCCAAGAAUUUUCAGAGUAUUUGUUACUAGCUGAAGUUAGAGCUCCAGUACAAGGAAUUAACUUUAAGACUAACUUACUGUUUGACUCACAAUACAAUGGUAAUUUGGAAGCUCUGUGGGGUAGCUCCUCUCUAAUGGCAAAAUCUGCCCUUUUUAAUGGUGUCAUCUUCAAGGCACUAGUGGAUAUACCUGACCACAAAUACCAGGCUGAUCUUGAAUACACUGAAGGAGUCAGUGAGAUACCAGACUUUGAUUUUACACUAGCUAUAGGAGAUGAAGAUGUUUUCAUUGUCAAUACUACAACAACGUCUUUGUUUCCCAAGCUUGAUGUACAGCUCACCUUCCAGGUACUGACAGAUCCAGGUGCUCCCAUGAAGACUGGAUUGCUGAAUGUGACCAUGGACUUGUCUCAAAUCGAAGACUUUUCCUUCUUCGGAUCUGUAAAGUUUCUUUCAGACUUUGCAGGUUUUGAAAACUACGGGCUUCAUGUUGAAACUAACGUCAAUCUUAAUCACAACUGGGAUGUAGGAUUUGACAUAAAAUUGUAUGCCAAUGAAGUGACUUACAAUUUAAGUACAAGUGCCUCUCUUGCUUUAUAUAAUCUGCCCCAUCUUAAGUACAAAAUGGUAUAUGGCAUGGAUUUUAAUGACCAGCUCCUUGACCAAAAGGAAGUAAAUUUCAUGUUUGGGAUUCCCCAAUACGACAGUUAUCAAACAAAUGUUACUCUUGUCCUUGGCAAUGAUAUACCUCAGUGGGCUUUGUUUAUGUACUACAAUGGCACAGGGAAAGACAUCAAGGGCUAUAUUAUUCCAGGAGAUGAGAAUAAGUAUGAGGUGGCUGCCAACCUUAAUGCUGAUAAUUUGGUCUUUAACAGUCAAAGAGUCGGUGAUGAUGGAUCAACUUUUAUAGCUGCAGAAGGCAUAAUUACCUGGGAUGUCAACAACCCUAAGAAACAACUAACACUCACCAUGAAUUCUGAUAUUGAAGUUAUUAAAGAAGUAUCUGGUGAGAUCCUCAUCACAGAGAGUCGUGGCUUUGAAGUCAGUGCAAAUUUCAUGCUAAACCAACAGAAAUUUAUUUCUAACCUUCGGUAUGAGGCUCGUGGUUCAGGUAAUUCUGGAAGGGCUGUGUUGGUUGUAGAAAAUACAAUCUUUCUUGAGUUUAAGUUUGAAGCCAACUUUGAGUUCUUCUUCACAGAUGAAGAAUUUAAAGCAGAUUUAAAGAUAAAUGUGAAUGAUAAUGGAUACUUUAUCAAAUCACACAUGAAGGCCAGCUUAGAAGAGUCUUACAUUCGAAUUGAAAUGCCACUUGAAGAUUGGGAAAACAUAGAUCUGACAGUAAAUAUCAUGGCAGAUGAAUCCUACAGGGUAAUCAUAAAAAUGAAAGUCCCUAAGUUCUGUUUCAACUUUGAUGGGAAACUUGACCAAUUGUUUCUACAUGCGAGUGUAAAUAUUAACAUACAGGAAAACUGUUCUGCCACUGCCAUUUUUGAGUUCAACAUGAAAUAUGAGGUGAAGGAUAAUCUCAUCACAGUGUUUUCAGACUGUUACAUACAAGGUAUUGGCAUCUUCUUCACAAUAGAAGGAGAAUGUAAAAUUGCACUGGGCGAAUAUGAUGUCGUGAUAAAGAGUGAGUUUUACCCGGAAUAUUCACUGGGCUUAGAAUUUUCUUGGUUAUUUAAAGAAGAUGAAUUCGGAUUGAAAUUACAUGUGUACGAGAUCUCCACUGACACCACAUAUUUUCUGUUCAGUAGCAAUUUCUCCUUCUUAAGGUCUGAAAUUACCUUCAGAGUUUUGGAAGAGCAGAAGCUUGAACUAAAGGCAGAGUAUGAUAUUCAGCCAACUCAGGCAAUUCUGGAAGCUUCUUAUGAUCACAGUUUAUUUGGACAUUCACUUGCGGGGAAACUGACUGGGGAAGCUAACUUCAAAGAAAACUUUGGCGAUAUUGAGAUUCAUUUCUCCACAGACUCUGCAUUUGGCCAGGCUGAUCUCGAAGUCGACUACGAUUUCAGGAAUGAAGUCAAAAUGGGACAUUUCAGACUGACAACAUCAAAUGGUAAUGCAGAUGGCAAACUUCAGCUUCAGACGAAUGACCAGGAACUAAGAUUAACGUUUGAUAUGUCAUCAAGUCUUCAUUCAUUCCAGAAGUAUCACUUUGAUGUCCAUUUUGAAGAUAAAAUCAAUGGUAAUACUCUUAACAUUUAUAGCAGCCAAGACGACAUGAAAUACAACUUUACAAGCUCAGUGUCAACAAGUGAAGACGGUUUCAUGGGAGGCAUUACUCUCCAUAUGCCCUUCCAAAUUUUGGAAAUGUUUGAAGUAGAUUUCAGUCUUCCUCUUUCUGAGGUGCCGGAAAGAAAAUAUGAGGCCAUGGUCAGUGGUGUAACAGAUGGAGAAUAUUAUGGACUGGGCGUGAAACAUAGUCACCACGAAAACUGGAAGCAGCAAAAAAUAGAACUUGAUUUCAUUACACCAGAGAAAACCUUAAGUAACUUCACAGCUUUUAUGGAGUAUGACUUUGAUGGCAAGGCAGCACUUUAUGUAAACGGAACUAGAGGAUGCUUAGGACUGGAAACAAGCUGGCAAAAUUCUGAUGUUCUGUUUGCAUUCGAGGUCCAUUCUUAUUUGACUCUGCUUGGCCUUGGUGAGCACAUAGUCAGUGUAGAUAUUCCACUUCAUAUUUCACAGAGGGGAGAGGUCCAUAUUAUAGCUCAAAAAACUAAUUACGACUUCACAACCGCCCUGAUAAUUGGAGAAAAUUUCAAAUAUGGGAAUGUAACCAUCAUGAUUCUACCUGAAGCAGAAGAACCCAUAAAGAGAGUCUAUGACCUUAACUAUGAAUACAAUAACCAGUUCUAUCUGAAUGGUCAGUUUGAUGAGUGGAAAGUCUCAACCAGAUGGGAUUUCACAGGAGACCAAAUAUCUGCAUUGUCUGGAAAUGUCAAAAUUCAAACCAACUUUCCGGAGUAUGAGUUGAUCGAUGGAUACUGGGAUAUACAUCAGAAAGAUAGCAUAUAUUCUCUACAGUUUAAGGUUGACAUGAAACAAAAGGGAAUAAUAUUUCUUUCCUCAGGCUUUGAUAAUCAUCCUCGAGGUAGUUCCGCUCCCUGGGAAGGCAUAAAACUAGACCUUCUCUUUGAUUCUCCAUUCACACUGACUCAUACUCUCCGUGCACAAUACCAUAGCAACCCUCUUAGAGCGUCAGCUACCUACAAACAUGGCUUUGACACAUUCCAGGUUGACUUCACAACUAAUUUCCAGAACAACGAGGGCACAGUUGGCUUGACUGGUAACAUCCCAGUGCCAGGAAUCUCAGUCUUCAAAGUCGAUUUCAAGUACAAAUUUUCUGAUAAAUCUCAAAAUGUUGUUAAGUUCAAGGCAAAAAUAGAGGAAACAAUUUUAGAAGUCAAUGGCAAAACUAAAAUGGAUUGGAGUAAUGGCAUAGUUGAGGCAACAGUUGCUUCUCCAUUCUUCAGCCCAGGGAGAGCAGAAUUUACCUGGUCUACUGAAAAGACUCGGGUCACUUACUGGGCCAUGUUAGAAUACAAACAACAAGAAAUUAAAGUCAAAAUGGCCCUAGAACAAACAAGCAGAUUAGUGAAAUUGGACAUUUUUGUUUCAACUCCAUUUGAGGGAUGGAAGAACAUGAAAGUCCACAUAGGAUACACUUGGUUACCCUCUGCAUUCACAUUUACAAGCGUAUUAACCAAGGAGGAAAUGCAGAUCUAUAACAUCAAAUCAUCAUUUUUGUUCAACAAUGAAAAAGUGGCCUUUAGUAUUGAGGGAUCUUUUGAACCUCUGAAAACUUCGGGAUUAUUGAUGUUUGAGUUUACUAGCACUGAAAAUGCUUAUGAAAUUAAAUUCCAAGAGCAGCUGAAUGAAUAUGAAAUUUUGGAAUUUCAUUUUGAAUUAGAUGAAUAUCAUUUGGAAUGCAGGCUAAAGUAUGGAACAUUAAAAAUACUUGAAAUGAUUUUUGAUUACUACAAAGCAGAAGUCUACUUUACAUGGGACAAAGGACAAUAUUUCAAUGUCAAAGCCAAUCACUCAAGCACAAGUAAUGGCCGUGAAUUUAACUUUUUGCUGAAAAUCUCGGAUAACCGGCCAGUGACCGUACAGAUAACUCAUUCGUUUGCUGAUGGUCAAAAAGUAAGUAUGAUUCUUGCUUUUGGUGAGAGGAAAUACAAAUUGACUGGAAAACUUAAUGUUGAAAAUAGAAAGUUACUCAUAUCUAUCAUAUUAGAAUCUUCUGAGGAUGUUGAUAACCCAAUUACCAUUGAUGCCAUGUUCGAUAUAUAUGACUUUGUAAGAGGUAAGAUGAAAGCAGUGAAAGACCUAGCAAAGAUCAGCCUAGAUUGGGGCGGUAAAAUGGAAUUGUCUCUCUCAGGACUGCGGCAGAAAAAUGCAAUUAAGAUUACAUUGGACAUCAUGACUCCAUAUGAAAUUCUACCAAAACUGCAUCUGAGCUUUGAAGUUGGCCAAAAGCGCAAGCAAAAUUCCCUGGAUGUAAAAUACCAACUGUCUUGUGAAUGGUCGGAAAAAGUUGACCUCUCAGGUUCCCUGAAGUAUAAGAGUGAUGACUUUUUGUUAAAGAAUGAGGUACAGACAACUUUCCCAGUAGUUGAAAAGUUUGGCUCUAAACUCUUGCUGAAGCCAAAGUACUUCGAGAUUGCCACUGAUCUGAAUGGAGAUGAAUGGAAGUUGUCCAUACGUGAGUACUCUUUCUCUCUACCGUUUUCACUAAAAAUGGACAUCAAGACCCCUCUGGAAGGUUACGAAAGUUUGUCUUUAAUGAGCUCAGUAAAACUCAAAAAUGGUGAACUUGAUUCUGAGAUCACAUUUAACUGGCCCGAAGAGAAAGUUAUCACUUUGAAAAUCCAAGCAGAGAUGUGGAACUUAAAGGUCAAGCUGAAUACUCCUUGGACACCCUUGAGGGAAGUUAUUUUCAUCGCUUCUUUAAGGACCGAGAGUGAGGAAGUGUCGUCUAAAGUGACGCUCCAGUGGGAUGACAGUAAGGUAGAAAUGACAUCUGAUGUGACUCCCAAGGAAGCUCAGAUUGUUGGGAAAUACAAUAAUGGUCAAACUGAGGUAGCAUCUGUUAGAGCUGAAUACAUCAACAAAGGCAAUAAUUUUGAAUUUGGGGUUGUUAUAGAGAGCAUGUAUGAUAUCCUAAAGUUGUUUAGGACAAAUUUCCAGCUAGGGUCCCAGGGAAUCUCCCUUGAAGUAUUGAUUAAUGAUGUAAUGAGCCGUUUCAAGGGAAGUUACUCUGAAGGUGCAAUUAAAUUUAUCUUAGACAUUCCCUUCUUAUAUGAUUUUCAGUGGAACUUAGAGGCUAAGCAAGAUUGGACAAAACUAGACACAUAUUCAACUAUGACCUACCCAAGAGGAACCACACCAUAUAACAUUACGCUUAAUUAUGCCUUAGAAACGUCAUCACUCACGGUAAUGUUUGACAUUGCUGGAGAUGAAAAGAUUAUGUCUUUUGGUAUUGAUGUGUCAGAUACUUGGAAGUUUGUCAUUGUAUACUUUGGUAGUCAGAUUGAGACAACCAUCAACCCAAAUGUUGAUGAUAUUAUGAGCCUCAGAUUUGAAUCAACAGACUUUAAUUUAGAAGUAGUGACUGUGAAUAUAAGUGUUGAUUACGGUGAGUUUGUGAAUAUUUCAAGCAUCAUGACUACUGGUAUCAGAAACAUGAAUGUCUCUAGUCAUGUAAUGAAUAUGUCUUACACCAUACAAGAAGAAAGUUUUGUCUUUGGUGCUGUACUUACCAGUAGUUACAUUGAUGGCCCAUAUAAACUUGACACCAUUAUACCCUUGAGGAAUAUUCUGGUUGAAAAGGGGAAAGCUGUUCUGUCUUUACUUGUUGGAGAGCAGAAUUACAUAGUCUCGUAUGAGAAUGAUAACCCUGUUGAUAUGGCAUCCAAAAGAAGUUUGAGGAUUGAAUUCCCAGAAUGGACAGCAGAUUUCUCCAUGAAGGUAACUGAAGAUUCCUUUACAAUGGUAUUCUCUUACCCAGAGCCUUCUACUAAACAUGAACUGGUCAUCAUGAGGCCUGAAACUUCAGCUGCUGAAAACAUUCUGCUUACAGCAGAGCUCAAUUCACCAUACUUGGGAGAAGAUCCUGCUAAAUAUAACCUGAAGUUUGUUGUGUUAGAUGAGCUGCACUUUACAGUUGACUCUCAAUUUUCACAUGGAAACAAAAAAAUAGAUAUUGAAGGGGAACUGCAGUACAAUAACGACUUGAAAGAAAUUAUUUAUAACACAAAAAUUAGAUCAGAAUGGAUUGGAGACUAUGCUGUUGAUAUCAGUGUUCAGUGGAUUAAAAAUAUUGCUCUGGAUGCUACUCUAAAAAUCCAUGGAGAGAAGCAUAACUUUAACCUCAAAAUUGAUCCAGAUACUCAUGAGGCAUUUGCAAAAGCCAGUUCUUCAUGGAUUCCCUAUGAGAACGUGGCAUUCACGGGCAGUCUUGGCAAGGAUUUGACGUCAUCCAACAUGAACAUUGAGGGCAAGCUCAGUCUGGGUGAUGGGGAGAUUCUUAUAGAGGGAAGAUUCCAGAAUAAUGGAAUAGAAAGUCUUAAAUCCCAUUUAAAUAUGACACACAAUAUGGAUGAAAUAUUCAAAGCAGUUUUAGACUUUGACAGUAGUGGAAGUGUAGCUAGUUUAAAUUUUACUGUAACAAGCAUUGUUCCCGAAAUGAACACUGUAUUGACGGCACAGUACGAAAAUUAUGGAUCCAGGCAUAUUCACGUCAACGUUCAAGGCUUUCUAGCAAUAUAUAAUGAUUUGACUCUAGAAAUUGAUAUUGGAGAGUGGUAUAAUUCAAUCCGAGUAUAUUUUAGGAUUCAGCACCUGAUUAUUAUGAAGUAUGAUUUAUUGACUGAUCCUGAUUUUCUUACUUCAUUUGUAUUUGAAUCAGAAAACACUGUAAUACGGGUGAAUGCUGAUUACAAUGUUAGUUUUGAAAACCACCUCUCGAUAACAAUUGAUCAAUCACUGUUUCCCUUAGAAUUUGUUCAAAUCCGCAUCCCCUGGCCACUGUCGCUUGAAGCAACACAAAUUCACAUUUCAUUUGUUUACGAUGCAGAAUUCACCAUGUUCGAAGCUUCUGCAGAUGUGGAUUGGAAUUGUUUGGUCACUGUUAUCACGCCAUUUAGAGGCUACGAAAAAUUCGUUUUCAAGUUCUUACUCUCUAUAGAUGAACCAGCGUUUGUUGGUAUGAUAGAAUAUCCGGGUGGGAAAUUAGGCAUAGAAGCUGUAUAUAGAACAUUCUAUAGUGCCAAGUUUGUCGUAUCCCUACCUCUGGAGAAGUAUGACAUCAUAGCUUUCCAACUUAAUUUGAUAGAUGACAAUCAACGGAUAGCAGAAGCACGAGUUGGUAAAGUAGGUUUCACAGUGUCGUUUCGCAUCUUGCAUCAAGUUCCAUUUACAUGCGUAGAAAUUGUCUUGCGGCUGAAUGAGAUGAGUGUUCAAGGCUACAUAACAGAAAGACAUAGCUCAAAAAGAUAUGGAAUAGAAUUACAUCUUGAUUUUGAAUCCAUAGAUGUUGUAAGUAUACACACACUAGAUAUGCAGCUCGUCAGAGUUGUUAAUGAAAUGGAUAUAUUUAUUUUGAAAACUGAUUUAGAAGAAUUAAUCAAACUGCAGACAGCUGUGGGAAAAGAAAAUAUAUUUGCUCUUACAACGCCCAAAAGUUUCCCAGUCUUUUUGGUUGUUAACUUGCAAAAUUCUGGAAAAGUUAACGAAUGCCGUGUGAAAGUGGGUGUAUCUCUGGGUCCAGAUCCAGUCUUUGAAAAUUAUGGAUUCCACAUUCGCCAAGAGUCCUUAGAGGGAGGUCAUCAUUUCUCCCUUUCUGGUGAUGCUGCUGAAAAUAACUUCUAUGCCGAGGGUACCUUGUCCUUGAAUUACUAUCACUUUAAUGAAAGUUUGAUCCUUGAAGUUAACAAGAAAAGAAUUGGUUACAGAUCCACCUUCCAGGCUCAUCCUGGAAUUUUAAAGGACGAAUAUAAUGGCUGUGUUGAGGUGAUGUUGCCUGCACAGACUUUACACUGGAACAUGUCUGCACUUUGUAGCUCAAGAGAUGUUGCUCUGCAGUCAAGAUUUACCUGGAAUGAACUUACUGAAGAGGUUGAAGCUAUGAAUUUUAUGGUCAAUUACAACGACAAUACAAUAUUUGGACAAGGAGAGCAUCAUGUGAAGGUUGUUUUCAUGCACCCAGAUAUCAAAGACAUAAUCUUCGAGGGCAACAUUACCCAGUACGAGGACUUCACUGUUUCUGGUAUGGCUGAAUUCCUUGACAAAAACAUUCCAGAAAUGAAUAUCACUUUGGCCUUUGAUAUGUAUCCUGUCAUGGAUGAUGGAAAACUCCACUUUACAGGCAACAUAUCUCAGUUGUCAUCUGGAUUUAUGACAGUGAUUGAUACCAACGUUAUGAAUACACCCUCUGUAAGGCUAGGUGAUUACUCAGUCAAAUACUGGAGCCUUACCAAGGAGUCCUGGGAAGAACUGCAUUUGUCAACUGCCCUAAAUAUAACGGAAGAAGCAUAUGAUUUUGCACUGGAUAUCUCUACAUUAGAUGGUGACUGGGGGUAUGCUUAUAGAGGUGGUAUUUACUCAUGGGAAGAAUCAGAUGCAUUUUUGUUGGGUGGGAGUUCGAAGAAAUAUCAGGACUUCUGGGAAAUCGAAUCGAAGAUCAAUAAACACUUGCCAGAAUUCAAGUUGCAACUGGGUGUUGGCCAGGGAGAGCAAGAGCCCUACGAACAAGGAAGGCUGAGGUUAGGCCUGCAUAACCCGCUUGAGGUGGGAGCUGUCUUAGACCACAGGAAGUUUGGGGAAUGGCGGCAAGAUGUAAAUGUUGGACUGCGUCUGAAGGCGAAAAACAUUCUUCAGUUUGUGUUGGAAUACGACCCUUCUCUGGACUCCAUGGACGACUAUUUCCUGGAAAACUUGAUAUCUCCAGCUGACCGAAUCUCCGGGAUGUGGUGGCGUGAUCUGAGCACGACUCCCCAGGCUGUUCAGGAAUGGGUUUUGGCCGAGGGUCCGACUGCCAUAGAAGUUCUUGUUAAUAAGCCUAUACUUUUUAAAUUGCUGGAGAAAGAGGGAGAGAAGCUACAUAUGUUGAUUAGUGAUAUUGACGCCACUCUCACAGAUAUCAGUCUCCAAGCAGCUACAAUCUGGACAGAAGUUAUUGAACCAUCACUAGACAUCACAUAUAGCUAUGGGAGCACCAUAUAUGCUCAGACAUCUGAGGCUCUCAGUGCCUUCGUCGAGAUCCUGACACAGCAGGUAAGCGACUACGGCAGCCAGUUAGCAAUGCUGGCGCUGGAGGAGUGGACGAAGGUGGAAGAAGGCGUCUGGAAUAUCUACAGCCAGUGCGCUGCCUGGGGGGCGGAGGUAACGGCACAGAUGCUGGAAGUGUUGACGGUCGUUAGCGACGCGUUGAUUACCGCCUGGACAACCUGCCUUGAGGCCACGCAAGCUGUCCUCUCCUCGGUUCAGGCUGUGAGCGAACCCGUCUUCAAGGUCCUCUUUGAAACGUUCGCGAAAUACAUCGAGGACCUGGGUGCGGUUUUGGGAGGACAGUGCGGGCAGGAGCUCAGUACAAGAUUCGCGGAGAUGGUGGCAUCGCUGGAACAAGACGUGGGCGGAGGAGCGAGUGUGAUCCUGGAGUUCCUGCAGACGGAGGAGUACACGAGGCGCCUCCAGCAGCUGUGGGACGGGUUGGCAGCCUGGGCGCGAGAGACCGCCGGGGCCUUGCAAGGUGUGGACACAACGUGGCGAAAAGGGCGCGCAGGGCUGGCAACGGAGCUCGAGGGCGUGCAAAAGACCCUCUAUCUCCUCGGCUCCAAAGUACGAGACUAUCUGGAACGCAAGAAUUACUUCCUGAACGAGUAA